UAUAACUGGUCUCCCACAGUACACACAACAUGGAAAUGCAAUUAUUUUAGUAAAUCUAAACUGCUAAAUACCUUUUUCCUUCUAUCAGUGUCCAGCACAGCUGUAGGAGGAGUUUUCAUUUUCCCCUGAUUGUCCUAUGAGGCUGCAGAACCCCUGACCCUCUGUCAGGACAGCUCUGAUUGGCCCUAUGCUGAUCACAUGCACCCUCCCAAGAGAAAAAAAAAAAAUAACCUUCCAGCAAUACACACACACAUGUACAGCUUGCCCCCAAGGCUCUGUUCUAUCAGCAGAUGGAUUGGGGACAGUAGAAGGGGGGAAGGAUCAGACAAGACAGGGUCAAACAUCCUUUUUACACAAUGCGGAGGAUUAACCCCCUAAGUUUCACAGUGAGUAUCACAAGCAUGCUUUACUGCAUAUACAGACUGAUUUUACUGUUGUGGGUUUA